AUGCGUUUAGGUAGAGGAGUAGUUUCUUUUUCUUUUUUCUUUAUUUAUCUUGGUGCACAUGGUGCCGGGUGCUCAUCUGCACUUCGUCUCUCCUGUAUUUACCCAUCGUAUCAGCAAAGCGAUAUUGAUGCAGUUUUUUUUUCUUGUGAUUUUGUUUGUCAUAAUCACUUUUUGUUUUCUUUCAAGUUAUUUUCAUCUUUUUUUUUUUUGGUGGGUUCACCUGCUUCUCUUGAUUUUGUUCCUUUUUGUGAGAUAACUCUUUUUUUUUUUUAUUCAGCUUUUAUCAUAUCUGCGUAUAAUAGCAAAAAAAAACAACACGCACACACUCACGUGCAUACGCAUAUGCGUCAAUUCAUCCGCCUUUCUUUCAGUCUUUUCACUCUCUCCCGUCGCAAAUUUCUUUUUUUCUUCUUUUUUUCUUCUUUUUUUCUUUUUGACUUUAUUAAAAUAUAUUUAUAUAUUUAUAUAUUUAUAUAUUUUUUUUCCUUUUCCUUUUCCCUUCCCAUUUCCCUCAGAAGCGCAUGCGAGAGCACACUCCUUGAAUGGGGUUUUCAUGUUCCAAUCAUUGUGUGUGUUUGUAUGACGCACUCUAGCACGUCGCUCUGUUUUUAUUGUUUUUGUUAUAUUUUUCGUCCUCUCCAUAUAAAUUAA